AUGCGGCUCUUGACAUCAAAACUCCGCCGCUGUCGGCCGUCGCCGCCGCUACCCUCUCUCCAACAUUUUUUCUGCCACUACACCUCCUCCUCCUCCUCCUCAUCCUCACCUUGUUCUUCCCAUUAUAUAUUCAGUAGUAGUUCGCACUACCAACAGCACCACCGCAAGGGGCGCCGCAACUAUAACCCUCGGUGGUCGCCCGAGCUGCGCUCGCUCUCACCUCAUGAUUGCAUUUCAUUUGCUCGUCGAUUCUCGACUCAGCCCGAUUUCACCAAAUCAGACGAGCCGAUCCUUCCAGUACGUGCUGUCAUAUCUGUGCUCGAUUCUUAUCACGAUGCGACUGGCCUUCCUUGGUGGUUUAUAAUAUCAUCAUCUACGGUGGCAAUGAGACUUUCAUUGUUUCCUCUUGUCGUGUUGCAACUCAAAAAAUUGAGGAGGAUAGGAGAAUUGCUACCUACAUUACCGCCACCAUUCCCGCCACCUCUGUCAGGACAAAGUUUCAGGAAUCAGAUUGCCCUCUUCUUGAAGGAAAAGAAGGCUGCUGGGUGCCCUUCUGUGUUUUGGUGGUUCUCAUCAUUUGCUGUUCAGGUCCCUUGUUUUUUCAUGUGGCUCAUGAGUGUUCGUAGAAUGUCACUGGAACAUCACCCGGGUUUUGAUACUGGAGGAAUGUUAUGGUUCCAUAAUUUGACUGAAUACCCUCAUGGUGCCUUGGGGCUCGUUUUCCCAUUUUUCAUUGCAGGCUUGCAUUUCACCAAUAUUCAGAUAUCAUUCCAAAAAUCAUCACUUGAACAAGCUCCAGGCUCCUUUAGAUUAUUGCUAAAGAUAUACAAGAUAUAUCUGCAAGUGCUGACUCUGCCUAUUUUGAUUGCUGCCUUCAAUGUUCCCCAGGGAAGCUUAGUAUAUUGGCUUACAAAUAGUUCAUUGAGUAUGAUACAGCUAUUAUUCCUCCGCCAUCCUGGAUUUCUCGAGUAUUUGGGGCUUCCUACAAAGAAUGCUCCAGUGGUAGCUCCACCUCCGCCUAAUAAAGAAACAGGCAGUUCGGGAGUAGCAGAUAUUAUGAUAUUGACAAAGACAGGAGAAAUCCCUGCUGUAGACCUAUCACCUGCAGUGUUGGUUGCUUAUUCAGUCAAAAUCUUAACUGAUGGCAACAAGGAUACAGCAGUCAGAUUAUUAAGGCUUGCUCUAACGAAGGAUCCUGGGAACGCAAGAGCUUUGCUUAUAAUGGGCCAGACGCUAUUACAAAACAAACAAUAUGCUGAGGCUGCUGGGUGGCUGGAGAGUGCUGUUUCAAAGCUCCUUGAGGCUGGCUAUCCUACAGAAGUUGAAGAAGUUGAUCUUUUAAUUCUUACAUCUAUGUGGGCUGGUAUUGCAAAUGUGCAUCAGGGAAAAGUGGAAGAGGGUCUUCUACAUCUAGAAAGAAUAGCUCAACUAGAAGAGCCUGAACAUCCCAAGAGCAAGGCCCACUACUACGAUGGUCUACUUAUCCUUUCAAGUGCUUUAUUGACGGUAGACCGCAAAGCAGAUGCGAUGGCGUACCUGCACAAGGCUGUUGCCUAUGAUCCUGCGUACAGUGUGUAUCUUGAAGAUUUUGAACGUGAUCCAAACGAUAUUGCCAGUGAUCUUGCUACCAGCAGGAGAGAAUUAUGA